UGCUGUGAAUUGCCAUGUUAUUACCUGGGAACGAAUCCUAAGUCAUUUUGACAUAUUUGCUUUUGGGCAUUUCUGGGGCUGGGCAAUGAAGGCUUUGUUGAUUCGCAGCUAUGGAUUGUGUUGGACUAUUAGCAUCACCUGGGAGCUGACAGAGCUGUUCUUCAUGCAUCUGCUGCCGAAUUUUGCUGAAUGCUGGUGGGAUCAAGUUAUUUUGGAUAUCCUAUUAUGUAAUGGAGGUGGCAUCUGGUUGGGCAUGGUGGUUUGCCGUUGGUUGGAGAUGAGAACUUAUCACUGGGCAAGCUUCAAGGACAUUCACACUACCACAGGUAAAAUCAAGAGAGCCGUUUUACAAUUCACUCCAGCAAGCUGGACCUACGUUCGCUGGUUUGAUCCCAAGUCCUCUUUUCAACGAGUAGCUGGGAUAUACCUUUUCAUGAUCAUCUGGCAGUUGACAGAGUUGAACACCUUUUUCUUGAAACAUAUCUUUGUUUUUCAAGCAAGUCACUCUUUAAGCUGGGGUAGGAUUCUCUUCAUUGGAAUUAUUACAGCACCAACUGUGAGGCAGUACUAUGCUUACCUCACAGACACACAGUGCAAAAGAGUAGGAACUCAGUGCUGGGUAUUUGGAGUUAUUGGUUUCCUUGAAGCUAUUGUAUGCAUCAAGUUUGGUCAAGAUCUCUUCUCCAAAACACAAAUAUUGUAUGUGGUAUUUUGGUUUCUUUGUGUGGCAGUUACUACUUUUCUGUGUUUGUAUGGGAUGGUGUGGUUUGCCGACCAUUAUGGACGAGAAAAGACAUUGUCGGAAAGUGAGGAUAGUUUGUACAUCCCGGAUGCUUCCUGGCAUAAUCCUAAAACCACUAGAGGAAUGGAAGACAGUCCACCCAAACACUCAAGCAACAGUGACAGCCAUUCAUCCAGGAGGAGAAAUCGUCAUUCAAAAACAAAAGUAACGAAUGGGGUUGGCAAGAGAUAAAGAAAGAGAGAGAGAAAGAGAGAGAGACUGUCAGUUUCUAGAUUUGUCCCAGAAUCGUGCCUGAGAGCAAAGAAGGAAGACGGCCUGGAUCUGAAUUUCCUACUUGAAGGUCAACAAGAGAUGAGGAGGAGAUUGAAGGGAACAAACUCUUCAGUCAUUGGAGGCCUUGGGCUUUGUUAAGAGGGAAUUCAUCUGUGUAUUGCAAAUCAUUAGCUGCUGUCCCUUGCCGUUAAUUGGCUUGACUCUCUGCAUUCGACACUCAAGACAGUUGAAAAGGUUUCGAAGGCAAAGCAGUUGCUUGGUCUGGAGAGGUCUUGUGGUAGCGUGUAUGCCUUAUGAAGAUCUUGUUUAGUUGAGAAGUAUGAUCCAAAGUUAACUGUCAGCCAGUUGGUUUAUAUGCCCAUGGCUGUGAGUUUUUACAUUUCGUUUUGCAUUUUUGUGUUCUUCAGCAUAACUUUUUGAUUGCUAUAACUGCUUUUGCUUUUGGUAACUAAGCCCUUCUGUGCUAUUCAGUUUUAGGAAGCAGCACUUCCAUUUUUGAAUCUGAAACUGCUGAGUAUUACAAAGCGUAUUCCAAAUUUUUUGUAGUGUUUUUUAAAAAAACAAUAUUUAAUUCUGUUGAAUGCCUUGAAUUCACAAUCCUAUUAUGUAUGGAUUGUGUCCAUAGAGUACUUAUUAACACAGGAACAGAUAUUUACCUAAGCGUAUAGCCCUUUGUUUUCUGGCGGCUACAGUAUUUUCCAUAAGACUGUUCCUUCUUUGAAGUAUAUCAUGUAGGCCUUGUGACAAACAAUAGUAAAAGUUGACCUUAGAUUUAAAGCCAAAUACAUGCUGACGGUUUUACAACAAUCUCCUUGGCCUAAUAAAGCACCAUUGCUAUUUAAACAAAAAGGAAAGGAAAAAAGAAAACAAGGAACACUAUACACAAACUCAUUCAGAGUCUUCCUGGAUUUUUUUCCUUUUUGUUUCUUAGGAAAUAAUCAUAGAAUAAAUCUUUAAUGUCAAUUCUUAGACAUUCCCUGAAAAGGAAAUGAAAUAUUAAAUGUUAAGAUUCAGAAAUGAAAUAAUUCUGCAUUUUCUUUGCCUUGACUUCCUUUGUGUGUCCCAUGUGGGAUGUGGGUCAGGUUAUGCCAAGAGUCUUGUCCAAGGUAACCAGUUAAAUAAGAACCCCCUAUUGCUAGCUUUGAGAAUGCUACAGGCUAUGCACCCAAGGUCUGAUCUGUUGUAAAGGCUUCAGCAUACAAAUCAAAGGACUGUACAUAGAAAAAGGCCACCACAAUCCACACCACCUUGUGUGCUACAGAAGUUCUGCUUUUUUGAAUAGUAACACUGCAGCUGCUAAGCUGUGGAAAGCUGCCUUUUUUCCACUCAUAAAUGUCUGACCCUUGCAUUAAAAACUGCUAUAACCUAUUUGCUGCAACUUUGCUAAAUCUGUGCAUGUUGGGGUGGGGCAGGGGGAUCCAAGUGAAGCUGAUUUCUCAUUCAUAUUUUGAAAAUUGUGAAUUGAUCAUUCCAUACACAUAUUUGCAUAAUUCUCAAAUAUCUGUUCACUCACCAAGUUCCAUUUCUUUAUUCGUCAGUUGCAGAAAAACAGGCCAGUUGUUUUCCUCCCUUUAUAUUCAGGAUCAAAGCUGGUCAAUUUUACUGUCCUUAGGAACAUUUAAAACAAAAAUAUUUUGAGGUUAAUAAUUCUCACUUUUUCAAAGAGCCUUUCUUGUUUUGCAGAUACUGGGGCCUGCAGGAUCUUGGCUCUGCUAAAGUCAAUUAUAAGAUUCCUAUUCACCUUGCUAGAGAUUGGGCAUUAGAUUCACAGUACAGUUUAAUAUACAAUAUACUGAUUUUAUAGAUGACGUAUGUGGGUAUCUUUAUUGUACACAGGACGGGCAUCCAUAUCUAUCUUGCAAAACUAGAGUUUAUGUUAAUAUUCCCUAAUACUGAGAUGGAGUGAUCCAUGUAUAAGGGAUAGGUUUUUCAAUCUCUUGGUCCUGCAAUGUUGGAUCAGGGGAUAUGCCUGUGGAAGACCACCAGCAGCAAUUGCCUCUCCGCAUUCUUGUAAUGCUUCAGCGCAAACCUUGGAUUCUGGCCGAAAUAUUUUUAAAAUAUCUAAAUAUGGCAUGUUAAAAGAUGCAUGACUAAGCUGAGUAGAUGAGCACUCUGUAAUUAACUCUUUUCAGGGACAGGAAGGACAUCUGUGAUCUGACACUUUCAUGUUAGUUUUCCACUUUUCAGAAAUCCAAUAAAAUCUUCAUUUAUG